UUUUUGAUAGAGGGUGAUGAUCAGAGAAGGAGGAGGAGGGGAAACUGAGAGAAGGGGAGGCAUCUGCAACAGUGCUUAAUCAUCUGUGAAACUUCUCCCCACAGGUUCCCAGAAGAGAUGAUGGAGAGUGACGAGUCCCCCGGAGCCUACAUCGGAAAGCUCAAUGAAUACUGCCAGAAGCACAGUGUGGGGCUGCAGUACCAAGAGCUGCAGAAGACAGGGCCGCCGCACGACUUACGGUUUACUUUUCAAGUUGUAAUAGGCAAGAGAAAAUUUCCACAAGCUGAAGGCAAAUCAAAGAAGGAAGCAAAGAAUGCAGCUGCCAAAGCUGCCGUGGAGAUACUUAACAGGGAGAGCAAGACAGAAAAUUUUGCAUCCCCGGCAACAGAUGAUUCUUUCGAAGUGAUCUUCACUGAGAAUUACAUAGGCCUCAUGAAUAGACUCUGGCAGAAGAACAAACUGCAUGUGCAUUACCACUUCAGUGAUGAGAAGGACGGUGGACCCAGUAGAUUUUAUUGUGAGUGCAAAGUUGAAGAGGAAAAAUACGGUUUUGGUGUAGGAUCCACCAAACAGGAUGCAAAGCAAAAAGCAGCUCAGAUGGCCUAUAAUCGGAUCCUAGCUGAGGAAACUCCAGAGAAAGCUAAUCUGCAAUCCUUGCAUUCUAUUCCCAGUCACAACGGAAGCCUCAGUUUCUCCUCUGCACCUUCUUCAGAAAAUAGCCUCUCAGACACCACCUCUGGCAGCAGUGGCUACAGCGAGCACAGCAACAAUUCAGAGCUCCCUUCAUCUUCUUGGGGCUUUCACAGACUUAACCAGAAGAAGCCAGUAAGGCAAGUAUCAUCACACACUGAACUUAGGCUGCUCACCUUCAAAUCUAAGGGCUUAGGGCAGGGCAGCAGGCCUGCUCUGGACAAGUUCUGUGUUAUUUCCAUUCCACUCAAGGUUUACCUUCUUCUCUUCACUUGUAGGAGGUUGGCAGCAUCAUUUGACAUUCCUAUGGAAAGUGAACAUACUGCAAAUGACAGGUUCCUUAAGGAUUUCAGAGACAUAACGCCCAUUGCAUCUGGUGGCUUUGGCCAGGUCUUCAAAGCACGGCACAGAAUUGACACCAAGAUAUACGCCAUUAAACGUGUGAAGUAUGACAGAGAGAAGGUAGAGCGUGAGGUCAAAGCUUUGGCCAACUUGAGUCAUUCAAACAUUGUCCACUACUAUGACUGCUGGGGUGGAAAUGAUUAUUACGAGGACAGUAUGAAGAACUUAAGAAACUUGACUAGGUGUCUUUUCAUCAAAAUGGAAUACUGUGACAAGGGGACAUUGGACGAUUGGAUUUUCAAGAGAAAAAAUAGUUCACAGAAAGAUCUGGCUCUGGAGUUCUUUAGACAAAUAACUGAAGGUGUGCAUUACAUACAUUCAAAAGAGUUUAUUCACAGAGACCUCAAGCCAAGUAAUAUAUUCUUAGUAGAUGAAAAACAAAUAAAGAUUGGAGACUUCGGACUUGUGACUGCGCUGAAAACAAAUGGCAAGCUGACGGCUAACCUGGGAACCCCCCAAUACAUGAGCCCCGAACAACUUUCCUCCGUGAACUACGACAACAAGGUGGAUAUCUUCGCUUUGGGGCUCAUCCUUGCUGAACUGCUUUAUGUGUGUGGGACAACUUGUGAAACAAUUAAACUUUUUGACAAACUGAGAGCUGGCAUCUUCCCAGAUGAAUUUGAUAAGAAUGAAAAAAGUCUUCUACAGAAAUUGCUUUUCCACGAACCCUCGAAACGACCCACAGCUUUUGAAACACUGCAGACUUUGAAGAUGUGGACAAACGGUGCCAAGCCAAAGAAUUGGAACACGUGUUAGGACCUUUCUGAAAAUGUGCUGCACUUCUCCUCAUUGAUUUUCCUGCCACUGGCUCAAAGCUGCUUGGGGUUAUCAGUGCUGUUUAUUUUCUACUUACAUUAUUCCCUUCUGUAUUUUUUUUGUUUGUUUUGUCUUGUUUUCUAAAUUUGCAAAAAAGGUUUGCACUUUUUUUCACUUUAAAAACAUUCUUGGGGAGUCGGGCAGUAGUGCAGCGGGUUAAGCGCACGUGGUGCAAAGCGCAAGGAUCAGCUUAAAGAUCCUGGUUCGAGCCCUGGGCUCCCCACCUGCAGGGGAGUCGCUUCACAGGCGGUGAAGCAGGUCUGCAGGUGUCUUUCCCUCCCCCUGUCUGUCUUCCCCUCCCCUCUCCACUUCUCUCUGUCCUAUCCAACAACGAAGACAUCAAUAACAACAACAAUAACUACAACAAUAAAACAAGGGCAACAAAAGGGAAUAAAUAUUUUUUUAAAAAAUUCACUUAUUGGAGGGGCGGUAGCAAAACAGCUCAUUUGAAUGAGUUCUGCCAUGUGAGUGACACAGGUGUGAGCCUGGUUCCCAUCACAUUGGAGGAAGCUUCACGGCUGUCAUCUCUCUCUCUCCCUCCCUUUCUCUUUGUCUCUCUCUAUCUAUCUAUGUAUCUGUCUGUCUGAAAAAGUCAUCCUGGAGCAGUGACUCCCAGUGAUGACAAAAAAUAAAAAAUAAUAAAAGUAUUAACUCA